UCCAAGUCGAACAUUUGGGAAUGAUUGACCAUAAACACUGGGCUAGGAUUGCGAGAAAGCGGAACAGGAGCUAAUUCUUGAAGUUUCGGAGCGCUGUGACGUUGAUGGUGGCUGGUGCUACUUGUUGACCUGGUUGUACAGCUGGAAGUAAUGAAUUGAUGUGAUGUGGACUUGCCGGGAAUGACUUGCAGCUCCUGUGUAGGGACAAUUACCAAGGCUGUGCAGCAGCUAGAAUAUGUGGGAACAGUGGAGGUCAACCUAGUCUCUAACAGUGCCACGGUUGUGUUCAAAGGUGAGGAACAUCUGACGAGCAUAAAGCAAGCAAUUGAAGAUGUAGGUUACGAAGCUAGCCUUGACGACCUGGUCAAUUUGGACGAGUCCCGCAAAACCCACAUUCAAAGGACGGUCGCUAUACAGGUUGUUGGAAUGUAUUGUUCUCAUUGUCCUCCGCGGAUCUCCGAUGCCUUGGAUAAGAGCUUUGGUGAAAAGGUGCAGGUUGAGAGUCCUCCAACUAUAUCCGAUCCAAUCCUCAGGAUCAGCUACAUCCCGCAGGCGCCGGAUUUUACGAUCAGGCAAAUAAUCGCCUCCAUCGCCGCAGUCGAUGCUGCAUUCGAGCCGUUCAUUUACCACCCACCCUCGCUUGAGCAACGGUCUCAGAAGAUGCGUGCUCGUGAGCAGCGACGAAUCCUUCUUCGCCUUGCGCUCUCGAUCGUCGUCGCUAUCCCGACAUUUAUUGUGGGGAUUGUUCUAAUGAACCUGGUCGACUCACGCAGUCCGAGUCGUCAAUUCAUCAUGGAGCCUAUGUGGGCUAGACGCGUCACGACACCCGUCUACUUCUUUGCCGCCGAUGUCUUCCAUGUUCGCGCCUUCAAGGAGCUGCGGGCGAUGUGGAGACCUAGGAGCACCACUCCACUACUUCGGAGGUUUUAUCGAUUCGGGAGCAUGAAUAUGCUUAUCUCUUUAGGAACCACUAUCGCAUAUUUCUCUUCCAUAGCAGAACUUGCUCUUGCCGCAACCCAAACGACAGACACGGCUUCAAUAGCGGCGAGCUCAUCGUACUUUAACUCCGUAGUCUUUCUUACCAUGUUUCUUCUCAUUGGCAGGUUCCUUGAAGCCUAUAGCAAAGCCAAAACGGGCGACGCUGUGACCUUGCUAGGGAAGCUAAGGCCAACAGAGGCCAUCCUCAUUGAUCCUAUCCGCAGUCGGCUUCAGCCUGCAGAGCCUACAACCCACAAGACCCCUGUCGAUCUACUUGACGUUGGCGACACCGUUAAGAUUGUGCACGGUGCCUCACCCCCAUCUGAUGGUACUAUCGUGGAAGGAGAAGCGAAGUUUGAUGAGUCUAGCUUGACCGGGGAGUCUCGGCUUGUCGCCAAGGAUGUCGGCGACGGCGUGUUUACAGGGACUGUUAAUAAGGGAGGUCCAAUAUCGGUACGGAUAUCAAACGUCUCAGGGACAUCGAUACUCGACCAAAUCGUCAGGGUGGUGCGUAAGGGCCAGGCAAGGCGAGCCCCCAUCGAACGCGUUACGGAUGCGAUAACGAGUCACUUUGUCCCUCUCGUGGUUCUGAUCAGAGUCUCUACUUGGAUCAUCUGGCUAGCUCUUGGGUUGUCCGGCUCCCUGCCAGCAAGCUAUCGCGAUACGAACGUUAGAGCCGUCUUCGUUAUCGCUUGCCCCUGUGGCAUUGGUCUCGCUACUCCGACCGCCCUCUUUGUUAGCGGUGGUCUGGCCGCACAACAUGGCAUUCUCGUUAAAGGCGGUAGAGAAGCGUUCCAGGAGGCCAGCGGGCUUGACUGCAUUGUGUUUGACAAGACGGGGACCUUGACUGAAGGUAGAGAGCCGACCGUGACGGGGUAUGAAUGCCUGUCUGCCGACGAUGAGAAGACGGUAUUGGGGAUGGUGCAGCGGUUAGAGGACAGUAGUAGCCACCCUGUUGGGAAGGCCUUGGUCGCUUUCUGCGAAACCAGAGAAGCAGAAAGCAUUAGUGUUAAUCACAUCACUGAAAUACCUGGAAAAGGCAUGAGAGGCAUGUUUAUGCCCAACUCACAAGACCAACAGGAAGUGGAGAUCCUCCUUGGCAACGAGGCCCUGAUGUUUGGUCCCCACGUCACCGCGACCUUGGAUGUAUGGAAAGAACAAGGGAAACCCGUCGCACUAUUUGCCAUGAGCGUGCCCUUGCAAUCGUUGGCAACAAGCGAAGCCGAUACCAGAAGAACCCUAUCAGCGGUUUUCGCGGUGUCCGACCAGAUUCGCCCGGAGUCUGCUUCUGUGGUUCAAGCCCUUCAGUCCAGGGGCAUUGAGGUUUGGAUGCUGUCAGGUGACAAUCUGACGACGGCCAGAGCUAUCGGCAGGAUGGUGGGCAUCAGCGAGGGUAAUGUCAUUGCGGGAGUGCUACCCGACCAAAAGGGGGAGAAGAUACGGCAUCUUCAGCAGACCUUGGUCUGCAAAGGCAGGCGUAGUGCUGGAAAGAGAGCCACGGUGGCGAUGGCCCUCGUCUACAAUCUCGUCGCACUGCCUAUUGCCGCAGGGGUUUUGUACCCGGUGAAGAGUAACGGGAGUCACAUCAGGCUUGAUCCCGUCUGGGCAAGUUUGGCCAUGGCAUUAAGUAGUGUUAGCGUGGUCUACAGCAGUCUACUUUUAAGGAGCAGGUUGCCAGGAGUGGGCUUCAGAUCAACGGAAUUUCCCCAGAAAGCUUGA